GUGAAAUAAGGGAAUUUGCUGUGCAAUGYUGUAGACAAAAUAAAAAAAUUCAAUCUGUUUUAUUUAAGAAAUUUACUUGCUACUUUAGUUUGCAAACUAUUUAAACAUUUUCUUCCUAUGGGUUGUCUCUUUUACAUUCAAGUAUCUAGGAAAGAAUUUGGGGGUGUACUAGAGGACUCCACCCCUUCAUGACUCAGCGGUUUCAGCAGUGUCUUUACCACUUCUGUGUUUAUUGGCCACCUCAUUUGGGAGAACUUUCACAAGCUGUCUGUCUUAUCACAGUUGUAAACUUYUUAUUCUGUGUUCAAAUUCAGCUUUUUUCGUUUUCAUCAUUUGUUUUUGUCUUAAUCAUUUUACAUAAGUUCAAAAGAUGCCUCGUGCCAAAGGUCAUCGUCGUGCUCAGGCUAUAAAGCGUAGAGAGGCAAAUCCUCAACCCUUUGAUUUGAAUAUUCAUCUAAAUGACAAUCAUUUUCAUUCACGAUGUGGUACAGGUGAGAGACAUAAACCUAGACGUUGGCCAACUUCUGCUCAUACAGGCAGAAUCUGCAAGUUGGCUAUGCCUGCUCAGUUCACAGACAAAAAGUUUGUCUUGGUCAUCGGUGAUUCCCAUCUCCGUUSUCUGRUUGAUCAAUUUGUUAGCAUGCYUGAUAUGGGACACUUGAGUUUYGGUUACCUUUCUGUUCCUGGUGCUUCUGCUGAACAACUAAGGACUGAAGUCUUGAAUGCAGAUUUUCCUUGUACUCCUGAGGCAGUCUGUUUGUUGGCUCCAAGUAAUGAACUCACUGCCAGCAAAACCAUUAAUGAAGCUGGGAAAAACUUUGAACGGCUGCUUACCACUGUUUGCAACCUUUGGCCUAAGGUGUCUGUCUUGGAUUUCCCUCCAACAUUAAAUACCGAAAUUAGUCUCCAGGAUCUUUUGCGACAAGAGUUCCACAGAGUUACUGCACGAAUAGGUGUGAAAUACUCCUCCUGUGUUGAACGCUACUCUUUAAACAGUCACAAACUGUGGAGCAGAGAUGGGGCUCAUCUCAGUGAUAAUUAUGGCAUGCCUAUUUUGUCACAACACAUCUGGGAAACUGCUUAUUUUCUAGUAAACACUCCAGUUUCCAAGCCCCAAGAUUUGUCUACAGUAUCAUCCUCUAGAUCAAAAUGUGUUCCAAAAGUGAUUGUGAAAGGAGAUGCUACAGUUCCACAACAGUUUAACCCCUUUGAUUGGACAGACGUUACAUCAAAAAAUAAGAAAACGUUUACUCUGAAGGAGUGUUCUGUUGUGCUGAAUCCUGUGUGGUUCCCCAGCAACGUCAUGAAACUUUUGGAGGAUGAUGAGAGAUCUUCCAAUGUGUCUGUACCACAACGUACAAAGAAAAAGAUAAAUGCAACUGCAAAUGUGACAGGGAUCCCACAUGUUCCACCAUUGUCUUCUCUUGCAAAAGUGACAAUGAAAGAGGAAAAUAAGUCGCCUUCUGUUGAUGCACCAAAGGAUCCUAUCAGAGAAAAGUCUGCUUCACCAGUGRCAGACAUGUCACAGCUUCCAUGUUCCUCCACUGUUUCAACACUGGCUAUUGAAGAGGAAAAUGUCUUACUUUCUGAUCAGGCACCAAAGUAUCCGAUCAGGGUUUGUGACACAGAUGAAGCAGCUGCUGUUCCUAUGGACAUAACUGAUGUUAAUUCUGAUUUGGAUCAGGUUUGUAACAAAGAUGAAGCAAUUGUUGGACCAGUGGACCUGAUGGAUUCUUACUCUGAUCCGGAGCAAGCAAGUCUUAACAAUUUCAGAUUUAUUGUUCAAGGUUCUUUCCAUCAAGGUCACGAAUGUUUCGGGCUAAAUAGGUAUAAACAGUGUGCCGCCAACAGCAUUACAGCCAUAAUGACAAAUGCUGUAAAUAAUGCUACAAAAUGGUCAAGAGAUGAUAUUGAUGAUAUUUUAAUACAUGGCAAUAACAUGUAUACUUACAUGAAAGAACACAACAUGAUAAGUGGUUCCAAUGGUUACAUAUUUGUAAGUGAACUUCCAAGAAAACAUGUUAUGGGUGAAUAUACAUUCACGUUACAAUAUCAAGAGACUUUCACAGGAAAUAUCUUUGUACAAGAAUAUAAUCCAGAUAUUGCAAAUAUUGCCAUGCCUAUAGAUGCUGCAUUAAAGAAAGCGUUAGAUGGCAAUGAUGGUUGUUUGUUCACCUUCAGAAGAAACACAUGUGCAGUGUUAAGACAUAGAAACAGUUUUUCMUUAUUUGAUCCACAUGCACGCAACUAUUAUGGCUGUUUGUUUCAUAAUGGUACAAGCAUAGUUGCACACCAUGAUACAGUACAGUUGUUAAAAACACACCUAAGCAACCUUAUUCAGUCACUGAAUGAUGGUAAUGAUGAUGCUCAGGACAUGUAUUUUGAAGUGACUGGAGUCAAGAUUGCMGUUACAAUUCCUUUUUCAAAAAAAGCUACAGAAAUUGAUCACAAUACUGGUUCAACUAGCAUGUACAAUGAAAUGUCAGAUAGAUGCUCAAA